UUUUUUUGGUUUGUGUUGUCAAUAAUUGUGAGCUAAAAAGAAGGGGGAGGAGAAUCUCCAAAUCCAGAGAAAAAAGUUGCAAUUUUUAUCACUUGUCCCAAGGACACAAAAAAAGGGAAUUUUUAGAGAGGCAAAGGGAGGGACAUGAAUGGCAGAUAUGAAUGAAAGAAGAGAGAGAAGAGGAGGAGGAAGAGGAGACCACAAGUUGACAAAGUUUCCUGUCAUUGUUUGGGCUUUGUUCUUGGUGGGGAGAUUUUCUCAUCUGGGAUCUGUCUUCUUUCCUCUACCUUCUCCCCCAUUUUUCUCAUCUCUCCCUUUCUUUCUUUUCCUCCUGCUUUCCUUCCCUUCUCCAUCUCUAUUGAUUGGCCCAGCAUAUCAAAAAACUCCCAAUCUAAUGAAGAUCUGAAACCAUUUUUCAUCCUAUUGUCCUUUGUAGAACAACUCCUCCUUCUCUGUCUCUCCAUUUGUCCCUUCUUCUUCUUCUUCUCUUGUUUCUCUUUAGGACUUGUUUCUGUCCAGUCUUGGCUCUUUCUCUGUGUUUUUUGGUCUUGGGUUUUGGUUGUGAAUGCUCUUGGAGAUGGUUUGUAGAGGUGGGAUGAAAGUGGGCAGGAGUGGUUGUUUUGAAGAUUCUUACAGCCGAUGGUGACUGAAUUUGGGGUCUUUUGUUCUCAUUGUUUUUCAGAUUUGCAUUGUGGUGCUGAUCUCUGCAAUUGAAAUGCUUGCAAGAUUGUUUUGGAUUGUUUUCUGUUAAGUCAUGGCAACCACAGUGGAGCUUAAUUGCCAUCAGAAACCCGAAGACUUGAUAGAUUGAUCGACAAUACUGCUUGUGGUUGUUUGAUUACCAAACUCAGAUCGAGUUUUGAUUUAAAUUGUCAAUAAGAACAUUGACUUGGAUGCAAUUCUGAGUAAAAUUGAUCAUUGUUUUCACACUUUGAUGGGAGAGGUUACUUUUGAGUAGAAAUGGGAACAAAAGUCCAGUAUAAAAAUUAUGUGCCAGGAUAUAAUCCGAUGAGGGGACAUGAUGAUGAUAGGAAUGGUACUUGGUCUAUGUUCUACGAUGGUAGUAGAGCUCCAAACGGGCAUCUCUAUAAUGCUUUCAUGCUGAAGCCGAUGAAUGGAUACUCAGAAUACGAUAAAGAAAUGUUAAAGCGAACAAUGCUUGAACAUGAAGCUAUAUUCAGAAAACAGGUCUAUGAACUUCACCGUCUUUAUAGAAUACAGAAGAAUUUAAUAGAUGAUCUUAAAAAGAAAGAGUCAUAUAGAUAUUCUGUACAGUUGGACACAUCAUACAGUUCACAAGCAAACUCAUUUUCAUCUCAAAUUCAAUUGGAAGACAGCAAGAGGAUGUUGCAUGCAACCCAUUUACCUGGGGUGAACAAUUGUUAUAGUAGAGCUCCUGGCACGACCAUGGACAACUUUCGAUUUCCCGUAAAUUUUCUGAAGGAGAAUCAAAAUGGUGUCCGAUCUGGUCAUAGUUCAGUUGAAAAUGGAUAUUCUCGGAAUGAUGAUGUGCCUUUAGAGUCUAACCCUAACAGGUCAGCCCGGAAAAUGUUUAACCUUCAGCUUCCAGUUGAUGUUUAUAUUGAUGAUGAAGAAUCUGAAAGAUCAGAGAAGGAAAGCACCAUGAAAUCAUCGGUUAAAGCUGUAGAUUUUCUAAACAAAACUCAUUCCAAAGAGCAUGAGAACCGGGUGCUGCUUACACUUGGCACCAAUGCACAGUCUAUUUGCAGAGAAGAAAAUCGUAGAUUGGACUCGAAGCAUUUGAGAAAUGGAUUCACUGCACACAGCUUCACCGAUUUGAAUGAGCCAAUAAAAGGAAGUUCAUCCGAGGUAUCAGCAUGUUCGUCAGCAUCCUUCCUUUUUGGUCUGAAUACUCACAAUGUAGAUUUUCUGGAGAGUAAGCUCCCACUCAUAGCUAACUCAAACUUGGUAAGCCUUCAAAAGGAAUAUGACAGGCAAAAGGAUGAAGGCGCGUCUUUAAAUUUUACACGUGCAGAAAUGUUGGAUACAAGGAAGAAACUGCCACUCUUCCGAAAUGAUUCUGGGCAAAUUCAUGAUCAUGUAAAUGCUUUUGGUCCCGGUCUCUGCAACGAGAAACCCACAACUUCCUCUCAAAAGGUAGAAAUGAAACUAAAUAGAACAAAUGGGAUAAAAGAAUCAGAUUUGAAUAAAAUGGAUACUUGGUUCAGACAAAAACUACCUGAUAAUAUUGAGCUCUCUGUCUCUAAUUCUCAUCUUGCUGACUUGAACAAAUCAAGAAUUCAAGAACCUUCGGUGCCCAACAUAAUGUCAGUGGUUCCAUCAGGUCUCACUAGUACUCUGUCGCCGUUGGAUUCAUCUUGGAGAAAGUCAAUGAACAAUGUAGGCUGUAUUCCAUUUGCAAUCCAAGCACUUCCACACUUCGAUACAUCCGCAACAAUGAACUCAGAGAACUGGAUUUCUAACACUCAGAAUAAAUCUUCUUGUGGAACUAAUGCUCACCAAAAUUCUCUUCUGGAUUUGAGUCGUAUAUCCCAUUGUGACCAUACAUCGGCCAUCUCUGAGAAAGCCAAGCAUAACAGCAACAACAAUUGCAAUAGCGCAGUGUUUGGGUCUUUUGAAGGACAGUCACCACAGAAAAGUUUGAAAGGUUUGCAUUGCAGAGAUGUGAAAUCUGUAAAGGGUUUAAAUUUGAAUGAAGAAUUUACUAGCGGGUUUCAAGACGACGUUGUGGCAGACGGAGAUAGGUUGACACUUGAUGUGAAAAGUAAGCAUGAGGAAUCAUCAGCGGGACUCUCUUGGCUCAAAAAGAAACCAUCUUUUGAGGGAACAACAGCAAAGAACAACUCCAAAAUGGAGUUAUGUUCCAUGCAAAGUUAUUCUCAGCUGCUGUCUAGCUUCACCGCUCCUGCUUCAGAAUUUAAGAAGAAGCCAGACAAAGCCAUAGCCGUCUUUCCACCUUCGACUUUGGGGGUGGAGGAAAACAGAAUGCGUAGGACUGAGGUCUCUGAUAACCUUUCUAGUAAAAGAAUUCUCGGGUUUCCCAUUGUUGAGAAUAUGCAGAAAACAACUGCAUGUGCUCAUCAGUCGCAAUCUUUUACUAAUGAUACAAAGCUCAACAAGGGAGAGGGGCUACAUCAUUCCGAAAAUCAUUCGGCUAUUUGUGGUGAAAACGACAAUGUGAGUUCUAGGAAUCACAUAAAUCUGAAUUUCUUGGCAUGUGCAGAAAGGCCAAAGUCGUCAGAGCUUCCAUCAGGUUGUUCUUUAUCGGGCCCAAAACUUGCUCUUGAGAUUGACUUGGAAGCACCACCCAUUUGUCAGCCAGAGGAUGAUAUGGUAUUCCCUGGUGAAUCUUCUGAAGUGAAACAACACUCCUUGCCUGGUUUCCGUUCAAAGGAGAUGGAAAACAUGCAUGAGAGAUGCCUUAGAGAAGCGGCGGAGAGUAUUGUUGCCAUUUCGUUGGAUGCCUGCAGCAACGGCAAUGAAGGCACUUGCUGGGAAAGCUCCCCUGCUGGAUCUGAUGCCUUGUGUUUAUUGGCUGAGGUAGUGUUAUCGAAUUCAGAGGAAGAGUUGAAAGAACGAAGCAGUCGACAUGCUAAUGCUUUAUAUGGCAAAACCGACAGGUUGGACUUGUUUGAACUGAUGACAUUGAACCUUAAAGAAAUAAAGGAGGAUGAGUACUGCUGCCCGUCUCAGGAACCAGUUAAUCAAAAAGAGGAAGAAAAUGGUGCUGCCGCGUUGCUUUUAGCAAAGCCUCGAAGAGGCCAGGCAAGGAAGAGGAGGCAGAAGAGAGACUUCCAGAAAGAUAUAUUGCCGGGACUUGCAUCACUGGCAAGGCAUGAGGUAACUGAGGAUCUUCAGGUCAUUGGAGGACUGAUGAGAGCUUCGGGCAGGUCUUGGCAGGCUGGUUUGACGAGGAGGAACAAUGGUCGAAAUGGGACACAAACUCAAGUGAAGGGUAGGCAGCGGCCUCGAAGACAACAACCUGAGACUGUGCCUGAGAUUGUUGUCAAUCAACAGGCAGAGGUAGCUCUGCUUAGAAGAUCUACAAUGCAGGCAGAGUGUUGUAACUGGGGCGCUAUCCAGAACUCUCUCAUCAAAUCAUAGUAUUGUAGUCCUUCCUUUACUAGCCCUGUCUGACCGCAAGCCGAAAGAAUGGUCAUGAAGGUUAUUUCAUUUGCUCUUGUCCCUGAUUUUAGCAUUUGAGAGAAGAGCAAGGCGACAUCUUCAAUUUGCCCGUGUCCUCCGUAUGCGGCAAUGAUUGAACUCCAGGACACCACAUUCUUUUCCUGCAAAUUAUUGAAGACUCUCUGAGCCAUUCCUCGGUCUCCGCAUUUCGCGUACAUGUUAAUGAGAGCGCUAUCAAGGUAUGUGUUUGUUGCUACACCAGACAUGAUAAUCUUGUGAUGAAUCCAUCUUCCUUAUGCCAAAGAACCUAGAUGGGAGCAAGCCUGAAUUGCAGUUAAAAAAGUGACAUGAUCUUCCUUGAGACAGUGACGAUGAAUCUGAUAAUACAAUGCUAUUGCUUCUUCUGAUUUACCAUUCUGAACAUACCCACUGAUCAUUGCAUUCCAUGUAACUAUGUCCUUUGAUUCAAGCUCUGCAAAUAUUUUGUAAGCUUUAUCUGUUGAUCCACAUUUACUGUACAUAUCUAUAAGAGAAUUUCGCACAAAAUUACGGCUCAGAAUAUAUAUCCAUGAAUUUGAGCACCUGCACACAAGUCACCAAUAUGUCCGCACGCAGGGAGAGUACUCGACAAGUUUCGAAAACAUUUCGACAAAGUUUGAGCUCAUUGAAGCUGCCAUACAUAUUAACCAAUGCCGGGGCGACACAGUCCAUAUGCUUAAUGCCAUAUCAACACAUCUCUUGAUCAUGAAGCAAUGGAUGGACUGACCUUCUCCCAGGACCUCUGAUUGCAGCAUGAAAUCAUACAAGUCCAAGAGAUAACAUCUUUCUCAGUUGCUCCGUUGAACAGUUUCUCCGCAACAAGGAAAUCACCGCAUUUGCUAUACAUCAAUAUAAGGAAAUUACCCACUUUCCACCUAUCAGUAUCGGUAUCAACAUCAAUCCAUCUCUUGAUGAAAUAACCAUGAACUGAUUUCAGCUGUUUAAGUGCUCCCAAACAAGCACAAGCCUCAGCCACCUUCAUCAGCGCGACAAUAUCAAUAUCAACCUUCUCAAGAGCCAUCAUGGAGAAAAUUUCCAGACCCUAUAAAUAUCCCCACACUGCAUAUAACCUGACACCAGAGAACUCCAAGAAAUAACAUCCUUUACAGCCAUUUCAUCAAAUACAUAGCAUGCAUCAUCUAAACAACCAACAUUUGCAUACAUCUGAAGAAGUGAAGUUGCAAGAACAACAUCAUGCUCAAACCCACUCUUGACAAUCAAACCAUGCACUUUCAUUCCCAUGGUCACAUUGUGAAGACCAGAGCAAGCUUGGAGGACUGGUGAGAAGACAAAGCUAGUGAGUUGAGGAUGGUGAUAUUGCAUGGCAUGAAACAAAGAGAUGGAUUCUCUGAAGAGAUUGGAAUUUGCAUAUCAUUUGAUCAUGGUGGACCACAUGAAUGAAUCAGCAAGUAUUGGGAAGAAUGCAUCAAUGAUAUGCCUUGAAGAACUAAUGCAACCCACAUUGGCAUAGGAUUCAAUGAGCAUGGUGGCAUGAAGGAGGUCCUUGUGGAGACCAGUGAGAAGGAGAUGACCAUGUAUUUGGAGGAGACUUCUUGUGCUGCAACACUUUAACAGUGUUGUAUAGAGUCUCAUCCAUGCACAGUUGUAUAAUGUGACUACUAAUAAUUCCUUGUGCAAUUA